CCGCCAGUGUGAAGGAAGCGUUGGCCAAUCCCCAUUGGAAAGCUGCUAUGGACGCUGAAUAUGAAGCUCUCUUACGUAACAAUACGUGGGAACUUGUUCCCCGGCAGGGUCACCAUCCCAUUACGUGUAAAUGGGUGUUUCGAAUUAAAUGACACCCUGAUGGAAGUGUGGCAAGGUUUAAAGCGCGGUUAGUUGCUCGUGGCUAUCUUCAGCAACCCGGUCGUGACUACAGUGAAACUUUUAGCCCGGUUACAAAACCGGCCACUGUUCGCAUUAUACUCACUAUUGCACUAUCUUGUAACUGGGAGCUCCGACAACUGGACGUCAACAACGCCUUCCUUCAUAGUACCCUCCAUGAAGAGGUCUACAUGCUACAGCCCACUGGUUAUGUUGAUUCCAGUCACCCUACUCAUAUUUGCAGACUCCGCAAGGCGCUAUAUGGUUUAAAACAAGCUCCCCGGGCUUGGUAUAUGGAGUUGUCCCGUUUUCUCAUCUCGGUUGGUUUCUGCAAAUCUCAUGCAGACAACUCCCUAUUUAUUUACUAUCAUGAUCAGAUUAUUAUAUAUUUUCUUGUGUACGUGGAUGAUAUUGUUCUCACGGGGAAUUCCUCUGUUGCGGUAAAUAAGUUUGUCAUGCAAUUAACCUCCCGGUUUUCAGUCAAGGACAUGGGCUCUCUUCAUCAUUUUCUUGGCAUUGAAGUGAUACCCACUAAAAAUGACAUGUUUCUAUCUCAGCGGCAGUAUAUUCUUAACACUCUCGAAACAUGUGCUAUGCUUGGUGCCAAGGAUUCUCCUACACCAAUGAGUUCGUCUCAACCAAUUACCCUGACAGAUGGGGUAUCCAUGCAGGAUCCGCAGCAGUACAGAAGAGCCCUUGGGUUGCUUCAAUAUCUUUCCUUCACCCGACCGGAUAUUUCUUUCUCCGUCAAUCGACUGUCUCAGUUCAUGCACCAGCCCACUGACCGUCACUGGCAAGCAGUCAAACGCAUUUUGCGAUAUCUGAAGCACACGAUUAAUUAUGGUCUCUUUCUUCACCGAAGCAAGCCCCUGCAUCUCACUGUGUUUUCUGACUCGGACUGGGGUAAUAUACAUGAUCAAGGCAAGUCAACUACAGGAUAUGCCCUUUAUCUUGGACCCAAUAUAAUCUCAUGGAAAUCGGCCAAGCAAAAAUGUGUCUCUCGAUCCUCCACCGAAGCAGAAUAUAGAGCAGUUGCCAACGCUAGUGCUGAAUUAUUAUGGGUCACUAAUCUCCUCCGAGAACUUCAUGUAAAAAUUCCGUCUACUCCUACAUUAUACUGUGAUAAUCAAGGGGCUCUUAUGUGUGUGUGAAUCCGGUGUUUCAUUCUCGCAUGAAACAUCUUGCUUUGGGUUUCUAUUUUGUACGAGAUUUGGUGGAACAAGGCCAGCUCAAAGUCAAUCAUAUCUCCACAAAACUGCAAAUUGCGGACAUUCUCACUAAACCUCUCGGGCGCGCACUCUGUUUGAACAAUUUCGAUCCAAGAUGGGUGUUUCCGAUGGAAGUCCUAUCUUGCGGGGGCGUAUUACUACCUAAUUAAUUAUGUACAUUUUAUAUGUUACAUUUAGUGUAUGUACGUGCAUACCUACUAGUACUACUUUGUACAAUGAUUAUCACUCCUACAUAUAGGGAGGUAGUUUUCCCAUCCUUAGCUAGAAUCAUACGGAAGUAGUUAGAUCAUAUUUAUCAUUUGUAAUCCAAGUGUAUAUAAAUACACCAGCAUGUAUACGGAUCAUUGUGUGAAAUAC